CGCUGAUUGGCUGACCGGAGGGAGCGACCCGUGAAGGGGCCUGAGGUGUGGCGGUACCGGGAGAAGCGACGGAGGCGGCGGCCGGGAUGAGCGUGACCGGGACCCCCGCGGUGGUGUCGGUCUCCAUCAGCAGCAGCCUCAACUCCUUCCGCGCCCUGAAGAGAUAUGCCCGGGGCCUCACCAUCGCCGAGUUCAAGUGCAAGCUGGAACUUGUUGUCGGGAGCCCAGCCUCGUGCAUGGAACUGGAACUCUACACCCCGGAUGAUAAGUUUGUGAUGAAGCUGGACCGCGAUGAGGCCUUGCUGGGCUCUUACCCGGUUGACGAUGGACACCGAAUCCAUGUGAUAGACCGAAGCGGGGCAACGAUCGGGGAAUACGAAGACGUCUCCAAGGUGGAGAAGUUCCAGAUUUCGGAUACUGAAUACGAGAAGCGAACAGACACGGCCCGCUCCUUCAUGAAGCGCAGCCACCUGGGACAGUACAACAAGGAGGAAAUGUCGAGGAAGGAGUCCGAGUUGGAGCAGAAGCUGGUGGAGGAGAAAGCCCUGGCAGAGGCCAUUUCCGUGGGGGCCAGGUGCGAAGUGCGGGUAUCGGGGCAGCCCAGCAAACGGGGGACAGUCAUGUACGUGGGCUUAACAGAAUUUAAACCUGGUUACAUGGUUGGGAUCAAGUAUGACGAGCCGUUGGGAAAACACGAUGGCAGUGUCAACGGCAAGCGAUAUUUUGAGUGCCCGCCGAAGUACGGAGCCUUUGUGAAGCCCCAGUGCAUCGUCGUGGGGGACUUCCCGGAGGAGGACUAUGGGCUGGACGAUGAAAUGUGAGGGGGGCGGACGGGAGGAAGGAAGACGUGGAGAGGAUCUCCGGGGCUUCUGCUGGCUGGCAGACACCCCCCACCCCUCGGUUGCUGUCGUUUCCGCAGUGUGUCUCACUGCGCCCUGAUCCCGAGGGGGGGGGGGGCUUGAGUGAAGGACUGUGUGUGUUUUGAUGUGUUGGUUGUUUGUCCCUUUGCCCUGGUUGUCUCUGUUCAGUGAAGAUGCCAACGCCUCCAUGCCACCCACCCCCCAUAGGUCAGUAGCAGAAAACCAGAAUGGCUUCGAUUGUAGUCCCCCUUUGGGGGAAAGAGAUACAGGGUGACGUCUCCCCGAAUUUCCCGUCGCAGCCAGUGGAAACUUGAGACGCAGGAUUCAGAACACAAGAUGUACACACCCAACUCUGGUUUCAACAAAACACAAAAUUCUAAACCGAAUCAUUUUGAUGAACAUGCUUGCUUUCUUUCUUUUUUUCAUUGUGGGUCUUUGUGGUUCCGUUUUUGUGCUGCUGGAAGAUGCUUCUGUGAUCAUUACAAAUUAAAAGUUUUGGAGGGCGGGGAGUCAGAUACAUUCCAGA